AUGUGCAUUGGUGGACAACAACAAGACCUACGACUAGCAACAGGACAAGUCAUCAGACAUUGCAACAGCUACAAAUAUCUCGGAAUGAAAAUAUCCAAAGAUGGAACACUGGAUGAAGCAAUAUUGGAAAGAAAUAUGCAAGGCAAAAAAGCAGUUUCGAUUCUAAAUGGAAUACUAUGGGAUAAGAAUAUAACUAUAGAAAACAAAAAAAGAAUUUACAAUUCUAUCGUAAAAAGCAUAAUUACCUAUACCUCUGAAGUAUGGCCCUUAAAACAGAAAGCCGAAAGAACGUUAAAAGACACGGAGAUGGACUUUUGGAGAAGAUCGGUUGGAAAAUCCAGAAACGAUAAAAUACCAAAUGAAACCAUAAGACGCCAAAUGGAACACGACAUCGUAGAUGACAUUAGAACCCAGCAAUUACUAUGGUAUAGAUAUGUGCAAAGAAUGGAAGAACAUCGAAUCCCAAAGAAAAUAUAUUGGAAUCCUCAAGGUAGAAGAAAAAGAGGAAGCCACGCAAGAGCUGGAGAGAGGGAGAAGAAGAGGAGGGAGGAGAAGAAGAAGAUGUCGUCUUUGACUUUAUAG